AUGACAGAUGCGGGUGAUCGUGAUAACCGUGAAUCCGAAUCUGUGCUUGUCACCAUGCCAGGAGUCACUGUCGUUACACCUGCUGGAUUUGUAACUGUCACCGUGCCCGGCGACACCACGACGCCUGGAGGUAGACCUGGCUCCGUGAUGGUUACCAAUCCCGUAGUCAUGGUUGUCAAACUGCCUGACGAGCCUGCUUCUGGGAAAGCCCCUGAUGAGGCUUGGGUGAAGGUUCCUGGUGAGGCUUGGCUGAUACUGGAACUGGUCUGGCUUUUGAUGGACCGGGACCCUUAG